GGCCCCCGCCGCCUCAGUCCCCUCUAGCCGGCGGCCACCCCCCGGCCCGACCCCGCCGCACCGACAAAAUGUCGGCCCGGACGCCAUUGCCAACGGUGAACGAGCGGGAUACGGAGAACCAUACAUCUGUGGAUGGAUACACCGAACCACACAUCCAGCCUACAAAAUCAAGUAGGCAAAAUGUCCCCCGGUGUAGAAACUCCAUUGCAUCAACAACAGAUGAGCAACCUCACAUUGGCAAUUAUCGUUUGCUAAAAACGAUAGGAAAAGGAAACUUUGCAAAGGUGAAAUUAGCAAGACAUGUUCUUACAGGUAGAGAGGUUGCUGUGAAAAUAAUAGAUAAGACUCAGCUAAAUCCUACCAGUCUACAAAAAUUGUUUCGAGAGGUACGAAUAAUGAAGAUAUUGAAUCAUCCCAAUAUAGUGAAACUAUUUGAAGUUAUUGAAACGGAGAAGACACUAUAUUUAGUAAUGGAGUAUGCUAGUGGAGGAGAAGUAUUUGAUUACUUAGUUGCCCAUGGAAGAAUGAAAGAGAAAGAGGCUCGUGCAAAAUUUAGGCAGAUUGUGUCUGCUGUACAGUACUGUCAUCAGAAGUGCAUUGUUCAUCGUGAUCUUAAGGCAGAAAACCUUCUCCUGGAUGCGGACAUGAAUAUAAAAAUAGCAGACUUUGGUUUUAGUAAUGAAUUUACUAUUGGAAACAAAUUGGACACUUUCUGUGGAAGCCCACCCUAUGCUGCUCCUGAACUUUUCCAAGGAAAGAAAUAUGAUGGACCAGAAGUGGAUGUAUGGAGCCUUGGAGUCAUUCUUUAUACAUUAGUCAGUGGGUCACUGCCAUUUGAUGGGCAGAAUCUAAAGGAAUUACGGGAACGAGUCUUACGAGGAAAAUAUCGUAUUCCAUUUUAUAUGUCCACAGACUGUGAAAAUCUUCUCAAAAAAUUAUUGGUACUGAAUCCUGUAAAACGAGGGAGCUUAGCACAAAUAAUGAAAGAUCGGUGGAUGAAUGUUGGUCAUGAAGAAGAAGAAUUAAAGCCAUAUCUUGAGCCCGAGCCAGAUUUCAAUGAUACAAAACGAAUAGACAUUAUGGUCACUAUGGGUUUUUCAAGGGAGGAGAUAAAUGAAUCAUUAAUAAAUCAGAAAUAUAAUGAAGUCAUGGCUACUUACCUGCUUUUGGGUAGAAAACCACCUGAAUUUGAAGGAAGUGAGUCUAUGUCCAGUGGUAACCUGUGCCUAAGAUCCCGACCCAGCAGUGAUCUCAACAACAGUUCGAUUCAGUCUCCUGCUCACCUGAAGGUCCAACGGAGUAUAUCCGCAAAUCAGAAGCAACGACGUUUCAGUGAUCAUGCCGGUCCAGCCAUCCCUCCUGCUGUAUCGUAUACAAAAAGGUCCCAGGCAAACAGCGUGGAGAGUGAGCAGAAAGAGGAAUGGGACAAAGACGUAUCACGUAAACUUAGCAGCACUACAGUUGGAUCCAAAGGGGAGAUGGCCGUAAGUCCUCUUGUAGGACCAGAAAGAAAAAAGUCUACAAUUCCAAGCAACAAUGUAUUUCCUGGUGGUGGCAUGACUAGAAGGAACACAUAUGUAUGUGAACGUACUACUGAUCGCUAUUCAGUAAUACAGAAUGGAAAAGAUAGCAGGUAUGAAGACCGAAAAAAAUGGAAUCUGAUGGAAAUGUCUGUAAGUGGCACCCCUUCCGCAGGCUCUGCUGUUGCUUCAGCUAUACCCUCCACUCGACCUCGACACCAGAAGUCCAUGUCUGCCUCCGGUCAUCCAAUAAAAGUUACCUUGCCAACCAUCAAAGAUGGCACUGAAGCUUACCGACCAGGCAGUGCAACUCAGAGAGCGCCUGCUGCUUCCCCAUCUGCUCAUAGUAUUAGCACGUCUACUCCAGACCGAACCCGAUUUCCUCGUGGGAGUUCCAGUCGAAGCACUUUUCAUGGUGAGCAGCUCCGAGAACGACGCAAUGCUACUUAUAAUGGACCACCUGCCUCACCGUCACAUGAAACUGGUGCAUUUUCACAUGCCAGGAGGGGGACGUCAACUGGUAUAAUAAGCAAAAUUACUUCCAAGUUUGUCCGCAGGGAUCCAAGUGAAGGCGAAGCCAGUGGCAGAACUGACACCUCAAGGAGUACUUCUGGGGAACCAAAAGAAAGGGAGAAGGAGGACACUAAAGAUUCAAAGCCUCGUUCCUUGCGAUUCACUUGGAGCAUGAAGACCACCAGUUCCAUGGACCCCAAUGACAUGAUGAGAGAGAUCCGAAAAGUAUUAGAUGCAAAUAACUGCGAUUAUGAACAAAAGGAAAGGUUUUUGCUUUUCUGCGUCCAUGGUGAUGCCCGACAGGAUAGCCUUGUUCAGUGGGAGAUGGAAGUCUGCAAGUUGCCCCGAUUGUCACUCAACGGAGUCCGCUUCAAAAGAAUAUCCGGGACUUCUAUUGCAUUUAAGAACAUUGCAUCCAAAAUCGCAAAUGAGCUUAAGCUGUAAGUGAAGCUGAAGUUCUGGGAUCGGGGAAGGCAAAAAUGAUCUCCCCCUUUGGAAUGUACUGGUAAUGCCUAAUGUGAUUGGCUUGUGAAACUCUCCUGUAGAAAUUGCCCAUAUCGCAAUAAGGUUAUACAUAGUUAUGAAAUGUAAAAUUAAAGUCAUUAUGAACUAUAUUAAAUAACAGUAGGUAAAAAAGUUAUGUUCACAUGUACAGGUAAGUAUAUAGAUUAUUCUGUUCAUUUUCUGUUUAUAGUUGUACAAUAAAAAAAUGCUGAAAUACAGAUCAUGUAUAGUUGUCUAGAUUUCUGCACAAAUAUGUAUGUUUAAUGCUUUGACUUAAUGUUCUUCCCUAUUAUUUACAUUUUGGUGGGUUUUUUAAAUUCUUACCUCCAUCAGGCAUUAAAAAAAAAAAACUGUCCAUUCUCAGAGUGCACAAGAAAAGUCUUCAUGACUGUAGCCUGAAUUUUUUUCAGCUAUUGAAAAACCUUACAUAAAUUUGAUUUAAAAGUUGAGAAAUAUCAGCUUUCGUUGUACUCCCAGUUUUUUGUUCUUAUCUUAAGCUUUUAUCUUUGUUAUUGAACAGUGUUCAGUUGAAAAAAUUUGAAAAUGUUUACAGUGUUGGCACUUAGAGUAAGAAAAUAAAUGAAAAUAAUUUAUUUGUCUCGGGCUAACUAAAACUGCUGGAGGGGAAAAAAAAAACGCAUUUUCUGAAGAAUUUUGAAAUAUUUUUCCUGGCCCACUAAUAUAUGUAGCAUCCAAAUUUUAAGAAAAAUAAAUAUUCCAUUGAGUAUCAUGGUAUAUCACUUAGGCUUGCUGCUUUCAGGACAUUACAGAUUCCAGUCUGUGGAAAUAUGAUAUUGGUACUGUUUCAUAGCACAAGCUCAUUUUUCAAGUAUUGAUAUGUGCAUCAGUUAAUGAUUAAUGCCACCUCAGGAAUUAACUGGCGUUUGAAACUGGCGUUAGCGCCUCCCGGUCUCAAAUCCCAUUGUGACUCCUUUCCAAUCCCCUCCUCCCUUCCACAGUAUGUGUAAUUACUUAAGAGACUUGACAGCAAAUUGUUUAUAACCAUAGAUUUUUGGUUUAUGCUUUAUGUGGUUGUACAGUUUGUUUCCAUGUAACCUGUUUGUGUUUAAUAUUUUACCAGAUUUCUUAUAUUUAUUCCACAUCAUUAUGCCUGUAUUGUGCAGUUUGUAAGGCAUUCGCCUAUUUUUUAAUUUCAUAACUAGUGAUAUAAACUAUGUAAAACCACUAGUACUGGUACAUUUUAAUACUUAUUUUGUACUGAAUUAACCUUGGAGGUUGACUGUGCAAUGUUAUUUAAUGUAAUUACUGUAAUAUCAACAUGUGGGCCCCAUCUGCACAAUCUUGUGAGGAGUAGAAAGUUCAUGGAAAAACUUGUUGAUUUUAAACAUUAAAAAAACUGUGAUAAAUUUUGUUUAACCCUAACUUGUUAGAAAGCUGUAAAUGUAGAUGGUUGGCCACUCCACAUUGGCUUGCCAAGAUGGAGUUUAUAUGCUGUACUGUUCUGUGAAGUAGCUUUUUUAUGUAACAGUUCUGUUCUGAAAUGGACGUGUAUUGUUGCCUUAGAAAAGGGUGGUGUUUGGAAAAGACGUACUGUAGCCCCUUUUUACCCAGUGUUCAUAAAAAAAAAUACCUGAUGCAAGUCAUCUUUUCACUAUCAUUGGUGCACUCUUAAAAUUUACUUGGAACCGUUCUCAUAAUAAAGCACUUGUCUUUUGCUCUUUAUAAAAAUGUGAAGUCACUAUUUCCAAUAGAGAAAUGUAAUAGUUGUUGAUAAUAAGUCUUUUGUUUUCUAAAAAAAAAAAGGUCAAGCCCAAAUAGGUGCAGAAUGAACCUUUGUCCUUCCUCAAUCUUUGGGAAGUUCAUUUUAUUUGGAAACAUUAUCUGUAUGUGAUUGUGUUGACUAUGUAUAGAGAUUUGUUCCUAAAACAGAGAUCAGGGUCUUCAGCCCUAUAAUUGAAGCUGAUAUCCAAUGUAUUAAGGAGUUCUUUCUCUACCCUUCUGGUACUGCAAGUGGAGAGUGAAAUAAUAGUAUUAGCAUAAACGUUUACCGUUUUUGUGUGUUAAUCAUGCAAGACUAUCAUGUUUUUGAAAAUUCAGAAAGGCUUUACAGUGUGUUUGCAUAAAUAAAUUCCAGUUAUGUCGA